CACUCGGAGUCGAGAGUGCCUCGAAUGCGCUUCUUCGCGUCGUGUCGGUUUUCCUCGCUCGAUUAACCGGAACAUCACCGGACCGGGAGAUUGGGAAAUCUGCGAGACGGUUCGCAAGCAUCUUGGAAAUUCGAUUCCUUCGCUGAAGGCCGGUUGACAAGACUUGAGACUGGUAGUGUGAAGGAUAACAUGAUGAACAAUUCGACGGAAGCGUACAACACUUCCGCGCCGGAGGUGGCCCGCCUGGGCGAAGAGUCGAAUGAGAUAGUGCCGUUGGUAUCCGGUGUGAUCAGCGUGAUCGUCAUAAUAGUGAUCCUCUUCUGGAUAGGCAUACAAAUCGACCGCUUGUACCAACAGCAGGAGCACCUGUUCCUGCGUUCCACGAGGAGGAAGCAGAGGAAACUGAAGUGGGGAAUGUCACUGCCAGGACGAGCAAGAGGGAAGAGCCGAAAAGACGACGCGAAAGCCUUGGCCACGGACAUGUGUCCCAAUGGCGCCAGUGACACCGGAUUUAAGACUAUAUGUGAUACCGUUUGAUGUUCGGCCAAAUCGCCAGACUCGCGGGGUCUUCGCGACGAGCUUCGCGAGAUCAUGAGUUUGGCAGUUACCGGUCGCUUUUUCAUCAAAUAUAUCACGAGCAAAGUAUCGUAGCGAAGAAAGUGAUACGCUGAAAAGUGGCGUUGGUCUUGCUACUGCAGGACAGCUUUAACCAUCCGUCGCUGAUCGCUCGCUGAAUAUGAGCCGCCAAUGAGAAAGAUUAUAAAUUUAAUCGAAAAAGAUUCAAGCUGCAUGAUUCAGCGAUUCUUGAUGUACGUUAGGCGUCGCGUAUGCUUUACAUUGCCGGUACGAUUCGUAUGAUUUUCAAUCGCACAUAUAACGCGCGAAGCUUAAAUGUCGUCGGGGAACUGCAGUAAAUUGUAUAUUUUCAUCGGUUUAAUGGGCGGGAUUUGUCCCCCAGCACUGAAUGAGGUAUUUUUGGUAGUAACAAUACCGAACAGGUGUCAGGGCACACAUUUUUGACACGACUGUCGUGAUAAUUCUGUAGUACGUAUGCGUAGUAGAGGCUACUGGCGUUACGUAUAGCGCCUUUCGACUGGAAUACUGCCGUAGCGAAAUGAUUAAAUCGGAACUGUACGAUUGCCCGAAAUGCUUCUCAGUCUCGCAUUUCUCGCGCGAGGGCACACGUCUGAUAUUUAUCAGAGAUAUCGUGCGAUCGAGUGAUAUGCACUUGUUAUGUAAAUAAAUUUGUAUAUAAAUAUCCUAAAUGUAUCUGUUAACGCGUAAUCUUAAGUGAAGUACGAAAUUUUGUGCUCGAGCAAUAAUAUUUUCAACCUCGUUUCCCAUUGCUGUCAUCCCGCGUCAUUGUGCUAGUGUCGUUUCCUUCCCAUUAUCCACCUAUUUUUUAAUUACAAAUAACUGGUUCUGAUAUAAAAAUACAGUCAUUACGAUAAGUUUUGAAUGCAACCUAACAUUUAUAUUUACAUGAGAUGAUACGUAUAGAUUGCUUGCAACAGGGCGUCAACUAGUGUAAUCACGGUCACAGUUUCAAUUCUACAAAUCUAAUCCUCUAAGAUUACAUAGUGUUAGCGUUAUAUCGGACACGCGCCGUUCCGCGAAACGUGUCGAAUCGCAACGUCGAACGUAACUAUGGUGAUAUCAAUGACGCUUACAGUACGGUAUACCAAGAUAGCUCGUUGACUUAUACGCGUGUCCGAAUAACUCGGUGAAAAUGACGUAAUGGAAUAAUUGGGAUGGCUUUCAUUGACGUGAUUAAUAAAUUAUAUCAACGGA